UGCAGUGUGUGUGCUGCAUUCAACACUCACUGUCGCAUCCUAACACUCAAGGGCGAACUUCCCCCUUCCCGGCCAAGUGCCCGAACUAGAAUCUUACCACAGAAUGGUUUGGGUUGGAAGGAACCUUAAAGACCAGCUGGUUCCAGCCCCCCUGCCACGGGCAGGGACAUCUCCCACCCGACCAGGCUGCCCAAAGCCCCGUUACUUUUGAUUAAACAGAGAUUAAAGCCCCUUUGUGAGCUGCGUGAAGGGCUCUACCGACCCUCGGGGGCCGGGCUGGAAUAACACCCGCCGGUCAACGCGGGCAGAGCGCGGUGAAGUGUCAGGAGCCUUAUCAGGCUGACACCGCAGCGGCUGCAGCGCUCAGACAAGAGCCAGAGCCCGCCCAGCCUUCUCCCAGACGCCGGCCGAGAGCCAACAGCUGCCGCUGACUUCCUCUCCGCCCCUCUCCGCCCCGUUAUGCCCGCAUGCGCGCGCCCCGGAGUGUUCCGGUAACGGAGCGGGAUGGACGGAGCCGGACGCCGAGCCCUGGCGCUGCUGCUGCCGCUGUGGUGCUGCCUGCUGGCCGCGGCCCCCCGCCGCUGCGCAGGCCAAACUGAUCUGAAGAGUCCUCAGGAUAUUCAGGUCUAUGUUGUAAACACAAAUUUCACUCUAAGGUGGAACUACACGGGGAGCGAUACCAAUGUGACAUUUUCAGCAGAGUAUCAGUGGUUUGGUGAUCAUAAGACAAGUGAAACGGAAUGGGAGGAGUUGCCUGGGUGUCAAAAUGUCACUGACACAGAAUGUGACUUUUCUUCAGCAAUAACUGAAUACUAUGAUAAGCAUCUUGUGCGCGUAAGGGCUGAACGAAAGGAAGACAAGUCACCAUGGUCUAGUGUUUUUGAAAUGAUUCCGUAUUUUAUAGCUCAGAUUGGUCCCCCAGAAAUACAUUUGCAGUCCAUAAAUGGUGUCAUUAAAAUUCAAGUUUCUCCUCCAGAAGCAAAUCAGGUCCGAAAAAUGUGGAUAUCUCAGUUGAGUUUUAAAUAUAAUCUAGUUAUCUGGGAAAAUUCAUCAGAUGCAGAGGUCAGAAGUGAAAGUAUUUUUCCUACGGACACAAUCAAUGGUCUUGCACCAGAGACAACCUAUUGUUUAAAAGUUCAAGCAACUCUUCCUUUUUACUCUCAGGAAGGCUUAUUCAGUCCCAUUCAUUGUGUAAAAACUACCCGUAAAGCAAAUGACUCAUUUUGUCCAGCAAAUCUGAAAGUUUUUGCUUUGAACAUGAAAUUUCAUCUGCAUUGGAAUAAUCCUUAUAAACAACACGUGAACUAUACCGUACAGUAUCUCAUUGGUUAUCUAAAGAAACUUCAUGAUGAUUACUCUGUGAAGUGGCUCAAUGUACCCAGAUGUGAAAACAUCACAAACACAAAAUGCAAUUUCACGUCUAUCAUCACCACUACUUCUGGAUUUUACUACCUCCGCGUGCAGGCCAUGAGUCAAUAUAAUAAGUCAUGCUUGUCUAAUGAAGUAAUAAUAGAUCCUCUAAGAAUAAAUGAAAUUGGCCCUCCUGCUGUAAAAGUGGAUGUCAGUGAUGUUUUGCUACAUGUCCAGAUUUCUCCUCCAGGAGGAUCUGAAAAUGAAAUCAUGACGGAGCAUUAUUACUUAUCUUACCAGAUUGUGUAUAGGAAGAAUUCAUCAGAUAAUGAGGAGGAAAUGAAGGUGAAAGAGAUAAAACAGACAAUAGCGACAAUCUCUGAUCUAACACCUUCAACACAGUACUGUGUAAAAGUAAAAGCAUUUUCAGAAACUUACAACAAAAGCAGUCCCUUCAGCAAAGAGGAAUGCAUCAAAACACCUGAAGAUAAAAUGUUACCUCUGAUCAUUUUAACAACGUUUGUAACUGCCCUGAUUGCUGUCUUGGUUGUGGCUGUACUGUUCAUUUUUUUCCUGUAUCAAGCCUAUAAUAAAAUCAAGUAUGUGUUCUUUCCAUCAUGCAAGCCUCCUCUGAACAUAGAGGGUUUUGGAGGUCAGCUCUUUGGCAGUCCGUAUCUGCCCACUGCAGAAGAACCAAUAGAAAGUUGUUAUGUCAUUGAAAGUAUCAUAGAAGAAGUAAAUCAAAUUGAUUUCAAAGACUACAAACAUUCUAAACAGAGCAGUCGAGAUUCAGGGAAUUACUCUAAUGAUGAUGAUACCUCAGGGAGCAAAGGGUCAGAAGGAAUGCUAGAAAAGGAAAUAUGACUUUUAAGGAAAUAAAAUUCAAAUGAGGGACUGGUAGCGUAAUAAACACUUAAACUUUUUUUUUAUUAUGAAAGUCUCGGACUAACGAAGACAGUAUGGCUUUGGGAUAUUGUGCUGAAGUUUCCAAAUCUCCACUGGGUUAGUGGAAAGUUACACACCUUCUCUGCUGCAAGCUGACUGAAGUUAAAACACAUUUGACUUCUGUUAUCUUACACCAUUUUGACUGAAUAUUCAUCCUGUGAUAAAAGGAAUACCAUCUGAAUAAAGAGGAACAAGUCUGUACACUUCAUAUACUUGAACCUAAUAACCUCAGUGAAAGCCUACUGUGUUCCACAAGAAGGCUUUGAGUGCUAGUGUGUACUUUGAAAGAAUACUUAAAUUACAGUAUUGAGUCUUACAAUUACACAGGCAGAAGAAAACUGAUGCCAGAUACAAUUGUAAGAACUGUGAUACUCUCUUCCAGCCCCUUGGGGGCAGUGGUUUUUGGUUCAGCAGGUCCAAAGCAAAGGAUGCAGAGAAAACAGUCUCAGUGAGGCAGCUCCUCUGAGCAUCCUUGUAAACUUUCGUGGCCAUGGCUAUCAGAUACUUCUGAUGUCUGCUUUUGUGUUUGUGAAGCUGUGUCCCUGCAUCAGGGUGCUCUUCUCCUACAGCACUUGGUAACCUGGGCAAGUCUGGGGAGGGGAAGAGUCAGGAAAGAGGCUUACUCCACUGUAAUGAAAAAUUUCACAGUGGAAGCUCUUUGUAAAUAGAGGUAUAGUCAAAUUGUAUUGUUCUGCAUUUAGGAUGACAAGCGUCCAAGCCAGAUAUACACUGCAGGAAGAAACUAACGAGUACUUUAAAUAAUAAUUUGAAAAAUGCUUUAAUGAUAAGGCACAUUAAGAAUAUUCUUUUUCUUCUCUCUCAUGGCUAAACAACCAGAAGCAUAAAACAAUUCUAAUUGAAUUGGAUUUGCAAAUGUGAAUCUCCUUUAACAAAGGAACUUAUUUCUGUAAUUAGAAUUAUCCAAGCUGAAUUUAGGAAAUGUCUUCUAACAGCAUGGUGAGGACGCUCGUCAUUCAAAGUUUUUUCAACUCGGUCUCAUUCUGUCAACAAACAUUUCCUUGUACCAAAAUAAAAAGAUGCUGCAAUGUUGUUUCACUUGGCAUGCCACUUUUCUUUUUGAACUGAUUUUCGAAAUAGUUCAUUUCUUAUGAAGAAAUUGAUUUAGAGUAAAUUGUUUUUAUGUUGCUUGUUGUCUAACAUGUAAUUGAUGUUUAAAUGUUUUUUUAUUUUCAAAUGUGAUCUAAUUUUAUAAACUUUGUUACUGUGUUCAUUGAAGAACAUAAUAAAUUUUGCACAUUUACUUCUUUAAA